AUGGUAAGAUGCAUCGUCCUAAUUUUGAUCGUGACUUCUGCUCUACUUGUUGCCGGAGCCGCCCAUGGUAUGAUCAUGUAUUUCUUACAUUAUGAUGGCCGGAGUGAACUCCUCAAGUAUCAAGUGAAAUAUGUCUGGUUGGUCACGCACAACCUCACCAGAAACGACACCGUCCUCCAGUACUACGUAGCCGUCAACGGAACGGUCGAAAACCCUAACAGAAAAUGCGCCUACGUAAUUAACCAUGCUGACGGCGUUCUUUAUUCCGCGAUCAACGAGACUAAUAAUUUGAUGCUCCAAAGAACAAACGAAACUUAUUUUGGUAACGAUUUCAAUGUAGCGCCCAAGAGAGUGAAGCUAUUUAAUUCAUGGUUUUUCAAGGGGGAGACGCAGGUGGCUCUUGGGGCAGACGAGGUUUCCAAGUUAAAGAAUAGUACGAGUUUUGACCUCAUUUUCAAGUUGUAUGUCAACUGUUAUACUAGCAUUGGUGCAAGGACGAGGAGUUACAUGCACCUUGUUUCAUGCUAUUUGAAUGUCCCUUUCCUCAGUUCCAUUCACUCGGCUGCUCAAAAUUUUAACGCUACUGGCUGUGAUCUAGACCAAAUAAUUAUGAUAAAGUAA